AUGCCACGCUUUCAAGAGCCGAACGCCCUCCCUGGGCCUCGGGGAGGUCUGAGGGAGGCGGUUUCGGCCAGACCCGCUCCGCGCCGUUCCGUUCCCCGGCGGGCUCUGUCAGCGCUGCACACGGCCCCGCCGCCCCCCCGCAGGGGGCAGCGCGAGCCCCCUCACGGCUGUCCUCAGGGGCAGGCGGCGCCCCUCGCCUCAAGCGAGCCCAGCGCCGGCCGCGACCUGGCCACGGCCCUCAACGACCGCGGCCAGAUCAAGUACUUGCGGGUGGAGUUCGCCGCCGCCGUGGAGGACUACACGGCCGCCAUCGAGUGCCAGCCCGGCUUCGAGGUGCCCUACUACAACCGCGGCCUGGUGCUCUACCGGCUGGGAUGCUUUGAUGAGGCCAUGAAAGAUUUCAGGAAAGUAUUAGAGUUAAACCCCCAGUUUGAAGAUGCUGCAUUGAGUCUAAAACAGGCUAUUCUUGAUAAAGAAGAAAAACAAAAGCGGGGUUAUUGAAAGUGCAGCUAGUGGUGUGAAAAUGGUUUGCAAAACACCUGAUUUUUGUCAUUGACGGAUGAAACACAAGGUCAUUUACAUCUGUUAUGACCUACUGAAGAAACGUCGUUCUUGGGCAAAUAAGUUAUGAUUUUGAUUGCAAAAUAAACUAUUUUUUUAUAUUGUUAGAGUUGAGGAAAAGCAUAAUGUUAGAUCUACGUGAGAUACUUGUACAGAAGUGCUUCAUAAAGAUGUUGGAAGCUCAGUAACAGCAAAUGAAGUCUGUAGUUCUCUUAUUAAAACUGUGUUUCUGUACUCUUUCACGGAUUGUUUUAAACAGUCUUUCAUGAGGAAGAAAAACUAUAAAACAUUUAAAUACUUAAGACUGGAGCUUGCGAGAAGUACAGGGAUUUAAUAAUGAUAGUGUUUGUCCACAUUUAAAUGUAAAUUUGAUUUAAGCUGAAAGUGCAGUUGUUAAUUAUAAGGUGCUGGCCUUGAGAUGCUAUGGUAACUGAUUUUCUUUUCAGUUCAGAGUGUUUCUGUAUUAAGAAACAAAUUUAACAGAAACAAUGAGAUCUUUUUAGGAAAUAUCAUCUGUAC